AUGUUCGUUCUCUCCUGGUAUAUUUGUAUACUCGGCCUGAAUAUUCUCAUCGUCUUGGGCUUCACUGGCGACACCCUGCUUUUCCUACAGAGUAAACUGGUUUGUUCAUUAGAAAUUUUUUAUCCAAAUCAGCUUUUAAGGUUUUAUUCGCUCUCCUCACCUAUUCCCAGCCUUUCUACGUGCUUCUCUGGCGUUCGAAAGACUACCGGAAAGCGUUUUUGAAACUUUGGUUCCCGAAUUUAGUACCAGUCGACCGGACUCUAGUAGUUUCUGGUCGACAGUCAAAGAUAUCAACUUUUUGA